AUGCAUGAUGUACGUGCAGUGAAGAUCGGGCUGUUGUUGCUGUUCCUGGCCCACAUCCGUUUUGACGAAUUGUUUGUGGGGGGCGGACAGUCGCCGAUGGUGCGCCCUUAUCCACAAAUGUUUUUAUUCCUAUCCAGCGCUGUUACUGAAAGAAGAAGACUGCUGGACAACGUUUGCCAGAUAAAGCUGCAGAAGCUGAGAGAAAGCCCGCGUCUCCCCAAGAGUCUCCUUGUUGUGCCCCGAGUCUUCUUCGAGCGUCAACAGUUCAACACUGGCUACAGCCGCCUGGCCUGUGAUCUCCUUGAAGAUGCAAUACAAAUCGCACAACAGAGCUAUGAGCGGGGGUUGUCCUUCUUCAAUGAGAUAAUCAAUCACCGCCCCCCAGAAGAGGGAAAACGCCUGUCUAUUCCCCUGCAGCUAAACGCUUCUCCAGAUGUCAACUUGAGGAGACUAUGCUUUUCUCUCCAGAGGCACCCCUCGGCCUCCGUCCUCGAUGAUGCCAAUCCCUGUUCCCCACAAGAUCUCGUGCUGCCCCACCAGGAGGAGCAGCAACAACAGCAGGAGCAGCAGCAACCGCAGGAGCUGCAGCAGGAGCAGCAGCAAGCAGGCCAAGCAUCAGCCUACACGACUCAGCCACAACAUGCAGAUGGUGAAGAGGUGCAGCAUGAAGUGCCAUCGACAAGCGAAGACACCUCACAAGCCCAACUUAAGAACGGCAAUGAAGUUUUAGAAGAAACAAGCUUUAUAGAGGGGGCACAAGAACCCAUAGCGCGGCCUGGACCUGCAGAAACGAACAGGCUAGUUGUCGACUACGAAAAAUUAGAGUUUUACUUUGGUGUCAUUGCAGUUACAGCGGAAAUCCAGACGGCCCUCCCCCCACUUAUGACCCAACUGUCUGUAGAUUGGUUGGACACUCGUCUUCGAGAGGAUCCUCGGACAUACGAUGCAAUUGUCCAAGCCACUGAAAAGAACCGUGAAUUCUGUGAGCGGCUAAAGACAAACGACUUUCAAAAGGAGCUGAAAAAGCAAAAGGCGAAAUCCGCGAUGGAUUACGCAGUUAAAUGCACAGCGUCAUCGACCGAAAAAGGCUGGAAGAAGAUGAACUGCGCGAAGUACACUAGUCUCUUUCAGUGCAACUUCUUCGAAAACACGGCAAAAAUACUCGACAACAGAAUUGAUAUACCGCACGCGUUGGGAUGGCUGGCCAGGCAAGAACCCUGUGUAGGACAGCACUGCAAGGACUGGCGGAAGCAGCACCCAUUUGCAGUUCUAGCUUCCAAUCAUCAAAUGUAUGAACACUUCGGAUUGUACAGCCCCUGGCUUCGAGCGCUGCUUGUUCUAAACGAAUGGUUUGGCCUCCUCGACAUGCAGACAAAGGGUGGUGCUGUAAAAGAUUCCAUAUUCGGCUUGAAUGGGUUUCGCGCUAACUACCUCCUUCAGGGGCGGCACCAAAAGAAGAGUAUACUGAAAAAAAUACUCAGCGUCUUUAAGAAAAAGGAGCAAUUGACUGCGGCGCACGUGCGCUUCUUGAAGUCGCAGCUCUCUGCAGAUGCCUGGGAGGCACUCCAAUCCAGUUUUAGACCGGUUGUCCACCCCUCAGUAUUCCAUCAUCUUAAUCAAUAUGCCUCAUUCUACAGUGAGGCAUCAGGGGCAGUGAGGGACCCCGGCGGCCUCGCGGGGGAAUUGGACAAGUUAAUUGAGAAGUGGACGUACAACGGAAUGCCGAAGAAGGCCCAGGAUAAGUUGAAGAGAGGGCUGCAGGCGCAGACAAGAGAUAUGUUGGGGUUUGACCUGACAGCCGCCCCGCCCGAGAUGAAUUCCUUAAACUCGUCUCUAAAGGAGACACUGUUUCGCUCCAUGAACAAGUUAUUGGAGCAGCAGGAUAUCCGCGAGCAGCAAUGGCUGGCCUGUCAGAGACCCUCACACACUUGGCCUUUUUUGCAGCUGCUGCAGGACUCUUGGCAUUUGCUGAAGCAGGCAGGAGAUAAUUUGUUGCUGGUUGGGAUCGUUACCACUCCCCAAGAGACCUCCUUAAAGACCAAGAAGUCCUUCCUCAACCGCGUCAAAGACAAAAUAUCCAGGGCAAUCGACAAGCUCUUUCGAAUGUCUCCUUACCAGGCACAACACGCUACAUAUGCAGCUGUUGUGCCUGACUACGCCAAAGUCGCCCUCCUACUCAAAGAACUCUCCAACAUUUAUCACAACAACCCCGCCGUUUUCCCCUCCGCCGACGUCUUUCUAAGGGCUGCUGAGUCCCUCUUCGACACCCUGCAAACACAGUUCUACAGCCCACAAGCCGUGCCUCCAGCUGUUCCCGUGACUGCGUUGGUGAGCCAAGUGGAUCCUCUGUACGCGACGCUGGAGAGCGGAGAGAGGGCACAGGAGUUUCGGCGUUCGACGUUUUCUAUAUUUUUCGCACACCUGUGGCGUCUGGCAUUGAAUGUUGCAGCAGAGGGGUGGGCGAGGCCUGACGCUGCUGCAGCGAAAGAGAAAGAGUACAGCAAAACCUCUUGGCAGCGUUCCCUUUACGACCCUCUGCAAGUUAACUCCUUCCGCAUGGUACUAGCAGGAGGAGACUUGGGCCGAGCGCUACUAGAGAAUCUGCUCCCACCGAAGCAAAAGAAGAUGCUUAAGAGCCUACGCUAUGGCACUGGAGUGAUGUUCACCUACCACAGCCACUAUGCAGGCCAGCUGUACAGAUACCUCGGAUAUCCCGCAUUUGGAAACUUCCUCUCUGCCCAGGCCCCCUUCUUUGGCCAAAUGAUCAACCAAUGGAGACGAAAAAGACAAAGUGACAGAGCUGCAGAAAUCAUGGGCUGGUUGGGGCUUGCUCUGUUUUUCGCGGGCUCGGUUGUUGCAGUUGCCAACCAGCUGAACGCCUUGGCGGAGGUUCGCCUUGACGGCGUGUCCGGUGGGGCAGCAGGAUCUGGAGGCGGUGGGGUUGCGGGAGUAGGAAAUCAAUCGGGACUGGCAGGGUCGACAGGUUGCGGUCCUCUAGGGAUUUGCCUCGAUGCUCCUGUGCAAGAAGGGUCGGGUAUAAGUGCCCAAGACCCUUUAAAUCCGCCCCCAUUCUCCGCUUCACCCGUCCUCACUGCCGUCGCUAUCGUCUCCAAAGCCGUUAUAAUGGCUUCUUUCGCCUCUCUCCUAGGCCCUGCACUGUCUCUCUACGUCAUCGUCCGCUCACACUUUAAGUUCUUAGAAAGGCUUGAAAUGGCUGUCUCCAACUUGUGGAAGUGGAUGAUUUACAAGAUACGACACAGCAGCUUUGGGCGGUGGUAUAAGAAAAUAAAAGAAGGGCGCAAAAACGAACGUGAGGCCAAGAGGUUAGAGAAACUGAUGAAGGGGGAACAGAAAGGCUCCCGCAGAAGCAAGAAGAGAGGGAAAGGAUCAAGCAGACGCAGCAUACGAGACGAUGCAGACCAGUGUGAACUUGAAACAGACAGUGCAUUCGAUCUCCAAUCUCUCAGGAAUAAAAAAAACUCGGAUAUUAGCGCGGCAGCGCUAUCGGCUGCCGUGGCGUCACGGAUGCAUGCAACGCACAAGUUUGGGGCUUUUUCUUCGGGCUGGAAGUACGCCUCUGCAACCUACGCACAGAAUAUGUAA